UUCCAACCUUUUUCUGCCCUUUUCCAUAAAUUCUUCUAAAGACGCCAAGACUGAAGACAGAGGAAGACUGGUCGCCUCAUCUUCACUGCCACCGGCAGCCGGCCUGACCGCGACGCGGCUGCCCUCGUCCCUCCGCGUCGGCGCCGUCCAGCAGGCUGUUCUGUCUGUUACUCUGUUCCAGUUGGAAACACUUCAGGAGACCUAGGAUUUGUGUUUGGAUCAUAUUGGGGCGAACUACAUACCUACAAUUUUGAAAGUUCACCGUAACGAGUCAAGUCCAAGCAAAGCCCAACAAUGGUGGGCACUUCGGGAGGCAAUCCAUUCGCCAAAGAAAUGGCCAUACGGAAGCGCAUCGGCAAUAUAUAUAAUAAAAGAGAAGAGGAUUUUCCAUCAUUACGGGAUUACAAUGAUUAUCUGGAAGAAGUAGAAAAUAUGAUAUGUGAGUUGAUUGAAGGAAUAAAUGUCCCUGCUAUUGAGGCAAAGAUUGCUCAAUACCAAAAAGAAAAUGCAGAACAAAUCAUGAUUUCUCAAGCUCGUAAGGCAGAAGAGUUGGCAGCAGCCUUAAGUAAGGGACCUUUCCGGCCUGAUGGUGAUACAGCAGCAGCCCAAAGUUCUCAAGCUGGGCCUAGUACUGUGCAACAGGGACAAUAUGCUCCGGCAAUUGCUAUUGGCCAACCGCGCCCAACCCAGCCUGUCCCAAUUGGGCCGACUCAUGACAUGUUCGGAUUUGAGAUUGAAGAUGAUGAAAAACUGAGAGAACGAACCGAAAGAGCUGCAAGGGCUGGCGGGUGGACUGUUGAAAUAAGCAGGAAAAGGGCUCUUGAAGAAGCUUUUGCUACCCUAUGGGUCUGAAUUCCUGCCUUAUAAUUCCACUAUCUAUCUCUGCAGCAGCUUUUCCCUUUAACUAUUUAAGAAUGUAAGUUUCUACAUCUGAGUGUCAAGUGCAGGUAAUUUAUGCAGGACCUCUGAUCUAGGAAGUGAGUCGGAAUAUUGCAGUCGUAUAAAGAACAAGCAAUAACCCUGUAGCUUCUAUGGUAGUAGACUUAUUAACUCCUCCAUCAAAGCCAACCAGAAUCUACAAUGCAGUUCGAACGAUGAACAAUCAAACCAUGGUCGAAGUAACCAAAAGUACCCAAAGAUGAGUGUUCCUGGUUAUUACCUUUUGAAGUUUUGACGAUGCACAAAUUACUCGUAAAAAUCUAAUGACCGGCUAAUCUUAUGGUUGCGUUUUAAUGUUUUCAGACAAAAUGAUGACUCAGUUUCACAUUGGUUUUGUCACUUGAAAAUUGAUGGUCCUUUAGUAUUUUCAAAGUUAAUUUGCACCAUAAAAAAUGUUGACACUU